CUGUUUGCUUCCAGUGUGGAAGGAAAGAGUUCUCCCAGUGAAGUGUUGGUCUGUACAACAAGCCCAGACAGGCCAGGACCUCCAACCAGACCUGUUAUUCAGGGGCCGAUAACAUCUCACGGCUUUAGUGUGAAGUGGGAUCCUCCACAGGAUAAUGGUGGUUCAGAAAUCCUAAAGUAUCUACUAGAGAUUUCUCAAGGAAGUCCAGAAGCAAAUCAGUGGGAAGUGGCGUAUAGUGGAUCGGCUACAGAAUAUACCUGUACUCACUUGAAACCAGGCACUUUGUAUAAACUCCGGGCAUGCUGUAUCAGCACCGGCGGACACAGUCAGUGUUCUGAAAGUUUACCUGUCCGUACACUAAGUGUUGCACCAGGUCAUUGCCGGCCACCAAGAGUUUUGGGGAAGCCAAAGCACAAAGAAGUACAGCUACAAUGGGAUGUGCCUCCCUCAGAAAGUGGCUGUCCCGUCUCAGAGUACAGCGUAGAAAUGACAGAACCCGAAGAAGUUGUUUCUGAGGUCUAUCAUGGCCCUGAUCUGGAGUGCACCGUCAGCAACCUCCUUCCUGGAGCAACGUACCGGUUCAGAGUGAGAGCCUUAAACGAUGGCGGGUACGGGCCGUAUUCGGAAGCGACAGAAGUCACCACGGCAGCGGGACCGCCCGGCCAGUGCAGAGCUCCUUCCCUCUCCUUUCUGUCCAACACACGUGUGCUUGUAAGCUGGGAGAGUCCUGAAUGUUCUGGUGCUGACAUCUCUGAAUACAGAUUAGAGUGGGGAGAAGAUGAGGAAUCUCUACAACUUGCAUAUAAUGGCACAGAUACCUGUUUUGAAAUCGGUGAACUGUCAGCUGCGGCACAUUACUGCUGUAGGCUACAGGCUAUUAACCAGGCAGGAGCUGGACCCUACAGUGACCUGGUAACCUGCAGAAUCCCCGCAUCUGUGCCUGAUGCAGUCUCUACCCUCUCCGUGCUGGAGGAUGAGCACGUGGAUGCCUGUCAGCUCUCACCCUCUGUGUGCCUUGUACUGAACUGGGAAGAACCAUGCAGUAAUGGAGCCGAGAUUACAUCGUACAACAUUGACCUGGGUGACAUCAGCAUUCCAGUAGGAAAUGUUACAACCUACGUUAUUGAUGAUUUGCUUCCAGAAACCUCAUACCGAAUCAGGAUCCAGGCUGUCAAUGAAAUUGGAGCUGGACCAUUUAGCCACUUUAUUAAAGCAAAAACCAGGCCGUUACCACCCUUACCUCCUCGGUUGGAGUGUGCUGCAGCAGGUCCUCAGAGCCUGAAGCUGAAAUGGGGAGACAGCAGUUCCAAGCUUCAUGCUACCGAUGACAUGGUCUAUAUCUUGCAGAUAGAAGACAGAAACAAAAGGUUUAUUCCGAUUUACAGGGGACCAAGUCAUACGUACAAGAUACAAAGGCUGACAGAAUCCACCUGUUACUCGUUCAGAAUACAGGCGGUCAAUGAUGCUGGGGAGGGACCUUUCUCAGAAAUAUGUACCUUCUGCACAACUAAGUCAGUCCCACCUGCAAUCAAAGCCCCUCGAGUGACACAGCUGGGAGGGAACGCCUGUGAAAUUACCUGGGAAAUGGUCCCACCCAUGAGGGGAGAUCCUGUUGGUUAUGUUCUGCAGGUACUGGUUGGAAGAGAAUCGGAAUACAAGCAGGUCUACAAGGGAGAAGAGACCACAUUCCACAUCUCAGGCCUUCAAGUCAACACAGACUAUCGGUUUCGCGUCUGCGUCUGCCGCCGGUGCUUGGAUACCUCACAGGAACUUAGUGGACCUUUCAGCCCAUCCGUUGCCUUUAUGCUUCAGCGAAAUGAGAUCAUGCUUGCAGGAGAAAUGGGAAGCAUAGAUGAUCCGAAGAUCAAGAGCAUGAUUCCUACUGAUGAACAGUUUGCAGCCCUCAUUGUUCUUGGCUUUGCAAGUUUGUCGAUUAUAUUCGCCUGUAUAUUACAAUACUUCUUUAUGAAGUAGAGAAUUCAAUGGAAGUUUGAGAGACAAAUUUAACUAAUGCUACGCAUUAUAAUCCACACAUUUAUUCAGAUAUUCCUUUUUUUGAAAUCCUUUUGUUCUACCAUACAUUUUAUAUACUUCUCUUGUUUUUACAGUUCUAGCUUGAAGAAAGAUAAAUCAGUGUCUUGAUGCACCUUUUUGAAAUUCAAAACUAAGAAGUGGUCAAACUGGAGAAACAAGCAAACCAGAUACCAAAUCAAGGUUAUUGGGUUGGUUUUUUUUCCUUCACGGCUUCAAAAUUGUCACCGAUACGCCUUUUCAACGUCGUUUUGGGUUUUUUUUCACUGAAGUUCAUACAGUCUCUUAUUUUACCUUACGAUUUAGGGAAUUUUAAUCAUGAGUCUCUUCUUUUUCCUUCUAAACAUUAGUCACAAGUGUGUUUAGUGGUAAGACUAGAAUACAGUACCAGGUUCUCCUUAAACAGUAUUAGCCAUGUUGCCUGUGAAUUAUUCACUACACCUGCCCCUCGUUUUUUCAAGACAAAAUGUAAGUUGGUAUUUUAACUGUUUAGUGCAUUUAAAUCGGAGCAAUAUCCUGCAGUCAAAAAAACUUUUUAAUUCUCUGUUAUUUUUACAGUUACAACACUAUAAACUGCCUGUAUACGAAAUCAAAUAGCCAAACUGCAUAUAAGUUAUGAAGCAUUUUAGAUUUUUUUUUACCAUUUUUUGAUUCCUAGCAUUAAUUUUAAGUAAGAGGGCAUUGUGCAAUAGUUAGCUAUUCCCAUGUUCAGCUAUUUAAAAGCUGCUUUAACUUGUCUGUUUGUCACUGUAUAUAACUAUCCCUAAUCUAAUACUAGAUAUUAGUCUGUAAUGUUCAGCCUGAUUUAUAUGAUUAGAGCUGGUGACAGCUUACUGCCUCUACUGAAUUAGGUGAGAUUUACACUCAGUGUAAGCAAACUUUACUGUCAGUUGAUCUUUUUAUUAUUAUUAUUAAUUUUUGGAGGGGUAUCCAUUUUAUGGAACUUUUUUAGAGGCAUCGGAAAUGAGAUCUGUUUAUCUUAAAUACCUUCAGUGGGUGUCUGUGCUAUUCUUAGCACACUGCUAAUUGAAAUGACUUGGUACACGACAAAAUUCAGACGAGAGUCGUGCCCUGAUGGCAGUGUCCCCCCCCCCUCCUGCCUGCCCCUUCCGAGAUACACGUUUUAAUCCACCGAGAU